GUGUCCUCGCAGUGCAGCCAAGUAUUUAAAGGAGCGAAAGGUUGGCUCGCUGCAAACAGCUUGUUUCUCCCUCCAGUCUGCAUUGUUGCGUUUCUGCUCCGAAUGAACUGAGAUGCCACCAGUGAUUCACUCAGUCAGAGACAGCUCUGCCGUCGGUCGGUUCCCAACUGUCACUUUGCCGUUUGUGGAGGACGUGGAGGCGGACAAAGAGGAACCGGCAGAGAAUGACGUUAACGAGGAGAGCGCCUGCCGACGGUGGCUGCGCAAGGCGUGUCCGUGCUGUUAUAAACGGCCAGACGACGACGACGCCGCGGAGACCGUGGUCACCGGGGUGGAUGAUCCAGAUAAAGAGGAGGGGGCAAAUGGAGAGAAGCCAACCGCUGAGGAAGGCAAUCUAAAUGAACUUCUUCUGAACGUCCGAUCGAUAGAUCUGAUGAAAAGCAAAACGGGAGAGAACCUGGUGGAGCAUCACACCAACCUCUACCAGAGCGACAAGUUCGUCAUCCGCAGAGGGCAGAGCUUCCAGAUGUGGAUAACCUUAUCUCGACCUUUUGACCCCCACACAGACAAGCUUCAUCUGGAGCUGAAAACAGGUCCCCUCCCUGCGUUGUCGAACGGAACCCAUGUCAUCGUCCCUCUGGUGGAGGACCUGGAGGACGGUCGCUGGGAGGCCGCGGUCGUCAAGCGGGACGACAAGAGGUUAAAGCUGUCUGUGAAUUCGCCCCCCACGGCUGUCAUAGGCAGGUACCAGCUCACCGUGGAAACAAGCUGCGCCAACGGCCAGGCCACCUCCAGACACGACCCUGCCGAUGACAUCUACAUGCUGUUCAACCCCUGGUGCGAAGACGACGCUGUUUUCCUGGACACCGAGGAGAAGCGGCAGGAGUUCGUCCUCAAUGAUGUUGGUCGGAUCUACUACGGCACACACCUCCAGAUCGGAGACAGGACGUGGGACUACGGCCAGUUUAACAAUGGGAUCCUCGCCGCUUGCCUCUUCGUGUUGGAUCGGAGUCAAACCCCAAACUCCGGUUGGGGCGACCCAAUCAAUGUGACGCGGAUCAUCUCGGCCAUGAUAAACUCUCCUGAUGACCUCGGUGUUUUGGAAGGAAACUGGUCAGGAGACUAUUCACGGGGAACUCCCCCCACCGUGUGGAGUGGAAGUGUGGAAAUCCUGCAGCAAUACUACGAAAGCAGGGGAACGCCCGUUAGGUACGGCCAGUGCUGGGUCUUUGCUGGCGUCUUCACUACAGUGUUGCGUUGUCUAGGCAUUCCUGCUCGAACGGUGACCAACUUUAGCUCGGCGCACGAUACCGACGUUUCCUUGACGACUGACAUCUACCUGGACGAGGAAAUGGAGCCGAUAGAAUACCUUAAUGCAGACUCUAUCUGGAACUUCCACGUGUGGACCGACUGCUGGAUGUCUCGUCCAGACUUGCCUCCUGGCAACGGAGGCUGGCAAACCGUCGACGCCACUCCGCAGGAAACCAGUCAGGGCAUGUUUCGCUGCGGCCCGGCUUCCCUCAGCGCGAUCCGCAAUGGUCAGGUCUACCUCAAACACGACUGCGCCUUUGUGUUUGCCGAGGUGAAUAGUGAUAAAAUAUACUGGCAGAAGAACAAAGAUGGCACCUUCAGUCAAUUCUGCAGUGAGAAGAACACUGUGGGUCUCUCCAUCAGCACCAAGGCCGUGGGCUCAGACGAACGGGAGGAUAUCACACACCUUUACAAACACCCAGAAGGCUCAGAGGAGGAACGUAUUGCCGUGGAAACUGCCUGUAGCUACGGCUCCAAAGCGGCCGCCUACUCGUCUCCGACGGCGGAAGACGUCUCUUUGGAAGUGAUCAUGGAGGGCGACGGUCCCAGAAUGGGGGAGGAUGCAGAGCUGACCAUCAGGCUGAGGAACGUCAGCUCGGAGCCGCGCACCGUUACGUUGCACAGCCAGUUAGCCGUCAUGUACUACACCGGAGUCCACAAAGACACGGUGAAAAAGGACAAAGUAGACGAGGAAAUUCUGCCCAACGAGGUGAACGAUUUGACUUGGGAAUUGAAGUACGACAUGUACAAGAACCAGCUGAUAGAUCAUUCUGCCCUGAUGCUAACGCUUUCCGCCAGGGUCAGAGAAACGCAGCAAGUCCUGGCUAAGCAGUUCAGCUUCCGACUCAGGACGCCAGACCUCGUUAUAAAGCCGGUUGGGAGGGCUGUGGUGGGGCAGAAGAUGAAAGUGGAGAUUUCUUUCACCAACCCUCUACCGCUGGUGCUGAAAGCAGUGAUAUUUCACCUGGAAGGAACAGGCCUCCUACCUGGGAAAAAGAUUCACUAUGGAGAUAUCGGCGGACAUGCCUCCGUCUCCUUCGUGGAGGACUUCGUCCCCACCCUUCCCGGUCCGAGGAAAUUGCUGGCUUCUCUGGACUGCAGGCAGCUCACACAGGUCCACGGCGUGAGCGACAUCGCCGUGGAGGACAAAAGCAGCGUGGCUUCGUAGGGACCCGCCACGUUUUGACAGUCAAUUACCCGGCGUACCGUGGGCUGAUUCUUAUCGCGGACCCGUGAACUCCUUUCUCCGUCUUAUUUAUAUACGAAGCCAGUAUUCAGAUCUCGCAAUGUGUCCCACUUCGGCGCUGAUUAAAUUUGCACAAGAAUUGCAAACCGCUGGCAAAUUUAAGGAUUUCUGGCGGAAAUCUGAUACCUGUCCACAAAGAGCGGACGCUUUUAAUAUCAGACGAAGCCCACCGUGCAGCUUGCACCACUCCUUAUAUGGGCGACGCAACCGUGUGCAGAAACAUAAUAAAUGCAGAUCAAGUGAGCAGCGGAGGUUGGACCGGUUAAGUAACUUUAAUGAAGGAAAUGUGCUUUUGCUUAAACAGGAUUUGUAUUUAUGUCUUGUUUUAUGAUUCAUUUAUGCAAUCUAUUUAUUUAGUUCAUUUACCAUUCCUUAAAAACAUCAUCUACAGCACUCCCUGUUUCAGAUUUGUUUGUAUCAUUAAAAGAGCAACAGCUUACAGACUU